GAAAUUAUUCGGAUUACAUAGCAAAGAAAGAAAAACGGGUUGCGUCUCGGCGUCUAUGGAAGGCCACAAUACAUUCUUCUCAGUUCUGACUUCUGAAUAGUAAAACAUAAGAGGAUAGCGGAUUUGAGAGAGCCCGGCCGUGGUCUCUCCUUUGCCUCCCCUGGUUUUGGGAUCACUCGCUACUCUCUAUUGGGUUUUGCCAAAACUUCGAUCAUAAGAGGUAUUUGAGAGCAAUUAUAGGAGAUGGCGGGAGCAAGUAGAAAGAUAUCAGCUGCAUCAGCUAGGGCACAUACAAGAAAAGCAAAGCAGUGUAGCUUAUUCCGAUUUCCUUCAGGUCUGCUUAAGAAAAUAUCAGUUGUCUUGUUCGUUGGACUUCUGGCAUGGGCUUAUCAGGCCAUCAAACCACCACCUCCGAAGAUCUGUGGCUCUCCAGAUGGCCCACCUAUUACAGCGCCUCGAAUAAAACUCAGUGAUGGUAGGCAUUUGGCUUACAAAGAGAUUGGUGUCCCAAAAGAUAAGGCCAAGUAUAAGAUUAUCUUCGUUCAUGGCUUUGAUUCUUGCAGACAUCAUGCUAUACCGAUAUCUCCGGAAGUUGUUGAAGAACUAGGAAUUUAUGUGUUGUCUUUUGACAGAGCUGGAUAUGGAGAGAGUGAUCCUAAUCCAAAACGAACAGUGAAGAGUAUAGCUUUGGAUAUUGAAGAACUUGCUGAUCAGUUAGGAUUGGGAUCAAAGUUUUAUGUAAUAGGAUUUUCUAUGGGUGGACAACUGAUUUGGACCUGCCUCAAAUACAUUCCUCACCGGUUGGCUGGAGCAGCACUAGUUGCACCAGUUAUCAACUACUGGUGGCCUAGCCUUCCUGCCAAUUUGUCUAAGGAGGCCUAUCAACAGCAACAUCCGCAGGACCAAUGGGCAAUUAGGGUGGCUCAUUAUGCUCCGUGGCUUACAUACUGGUGGAACACUCAGAAAUGGUUUCCUGCUUCCAGCGUUAUACACCAGAACCCUGAUGUUUUUUCUAGACAAGAUAAAGAUCUCUUAUCUAAGCUUUCAACGGGGAAAGAGAGCAUGGUACAUGAUGUCAGGCAGCAAGGUGAAUUUGAAUCCCUUCAUCGUGAUAUGAUGAUUAGUUUUGGGACUUGGAAUUUUGACCCUGUGGAUCUUGAGAACCCAUUUUCAAACAAUGAGGGUUCAGUCCACUUAUGGAUGGGAGAUGAAGAUAGGCUUGUGCCUAUAAGUCUACAACGUUACAUCGCUGGAAAACUCCCAUGGAUUCACUACCAUGAGUUACCAGGUUCAGGUCACAUAUUCCCACUGAUUCCUGGUAUGAGUGAUACUAUUGUAAGGUCACUUUUACUUGGAGAUAAAUAGGCUACUUCAGGUACACCAGGCUAGAUCAUCCUUUUUUAGUUCUUUCUUUUCUUUUCUUUUCUUUUGUAUUUGCAUGUCUGUAUUUCAUUUCCUUCUCUUAUCAAUUUUUGACUUCCAUUUAGUGUUCUUCCCAUCUUUUUUGAUGAGAUAUGUUUUAGCUGGUAUAGCUCCUAUAUCUGUUGUUGAAUGAAAAUGGGAUGUGAAAAUUGAUGAGUCAAAUUUGAUAUUUUGUUGUUGUAUUGAUGAACUCAUUUUGAUUGAUGGCAUGGUUAUUUUUCUGA